AACAGGGAAUUUUAUUCCUUACAGCUAUUAAAAUAUUAUAACAAGAAUGUAGUAUAUUUCUUUAAGGUUUGUGACUGUAAAUAUGCUGAAAGCCAGACACAAUGGAUUGGGAGAAACUUGAACUGAGUCCAAAGAUUAUUAAUGCUUUAAAAAAAGCCAGUGUGAACUCAGAGAAGAAGAUUCUGAGUCUCCCAGCUCCUGAUCUGCAGAAACUCCUUCAGCUAUCUCUCUCUGAGGUGCAGCUGGUCCACACUGCAGUAGCUGCUCUUUACCGCCCAGUCCCACCUGUUACAGCAGCUCUGAGAGUAAUGCUGGCUGCAAGGCAAAUCACAUUUUCAUCCUUACCAUCAAGAUUGGAUUUCCUAAAGAAAGCUUUGCAGCUAACGCUUGGAGAAUUUCCUUCUUUGGAGCCUGGACAUAGGCUUUCGUUUGCUUGUCCUGUUUUGGAUGGUCUCUUGCAUGGUGGCCUUCCACUGCAUGGGAUAACGGAGUUAGCAGGCGAGAGUGCUGCUGGAAAGACCCAAUUUGGCCUGCAGCUUUCUUUAUCUGUCCAGUAUCCACGUGAGCAUGGGGGACUCGGGGCAGGAGCUGUAUAUAUCUGCACUGAAGACCCUUUUCCCAUCAAACGGUUGAGGCAGUUAAUUACCCAGCAGUCUCGGCUUCGCCCAGAUGUUCCAUCAGCUCUGAUCCGCGCCAUCCGCUUCAGUGACAACGUCUACAUCGAACACACUGCAGACUUGGAGGCCCUGCAGACUUGCGUGACACAGCGAGUGCGCACACUGCUAGAGCGAGGUCUAGUGCGCCUCGUUGUGGUGGACUCAGUGGCUGCUCUGUUUCGUAGUGAGUUCCAGGCUGAUGAGGCCAUAGAGAGAGCACGCCACCUACUGGCCUUCUCCGCCACACUACAUCGACUUAGCCAUACAUUCAGUGCACCUGUUUUCUGCAUUAACCAGGUGUCGGAUGUUGUGGAUGGCCCAAACCCAGGCCGCUGUGAUUACGGGCUGGUAGAAAGUAAGGUGCUCCCUGCUCUGGGUAUUAUUUGGGCCAAUCAGGUGAUGGUGCGUCUCAUGCUGUGGAGACAGGAACGCUCUUUAAGAUCAGGGGAGCAGACCAGUGCUGCCCGCAAAUUAGAGGUGGUUUUUGCUCCUCAUCUGGCUCGAUCGAGCUGCCUGUGUGGAGUCUGGGAAGAAGGAGUUAGAGGAAUCGCACAAGAAGGGGUCGUCAAAUAGUCUCCAGCGGUGUCAAUAAAAACAAAGGGUUAGAGCAAAGAAUUAGAGAUUCUCUGGAGGUGAUGGACUCCAUUUGAACUGAAGAGCCAUAUUAAAAUGAUGACACAAAUGUGUUAUUGCACCGUUAGAAUACAAAUAUAAGUAUACUCAAUGUUUUUGUGUACAUGUAGCUUUGAUUUAGUCAAUAAACUAUCUUUUAUCUUA